AUGCGAGGGACUUCCUCCGCACCAGCAACCAUGUCUGACGAUAACCCUCGGGCCUCUCAUGCCAACUGCUUGGAUGAUGAGCUGGCUGCUCUGACGCUGCAGCUUGAGGAGCUCGGUGUCUACUCCGGUUCUAGCAAAGGGAAGCAUCCCGUGGAUCAACCUCCGGACGUCGAUGUUGCUUAUGGCCAGUUUCAGGCCGAACUUCAAGCUCACAAGGACUUUCUUGCCGACCAAAAGCUCGCCCAGAGCAUCGGAGCCGCUGUGCACUCCGAUAGUGUCAUCAUUGGGGAUCUUACCUUACAAGAUGUUCAGGCUCAUGCGGACCGCCGGUUUGCACUGGAGUUGAGCAACAAUGAUCCUGAGAUCGAAGCCUCGCCGCCGUCUGUGCACGGAAAUCUACAAGGCGAAGACCAUGACUGGAUGUCCACCGUCUCCGAACACAUCGCUGCUACUUCGGUCGUUGAGUUCUCCGAUGAUGAGACAGAGGCCGGACCGUCCAUGUCCUACUUGGAGCGCCAAGCCGACACCAUCAAGAGAUUAUCGAUGGAGUUCAAGUGCUGCACUUGUCUGGACCGAAUUCCCCGCGCAUCUAUGGUCAAAGCGGAAUGUGGAGAUCGCUACUGUGUUGAUUGCAUCAAAGGUCUGUUCAUGCGGUCAACGAAAGAUGAGAGUCUGUAUCCUCCUAGAUGCUGCAAGCAACCUAUCCCACUUGACCUAGUCGCCAAGCACAUGGAUCCAGAAGAACUGGCCACCUUCGAGCUGGCGAUCGUGGAAUAUGCGACAAACGACAAGACCUACUGCAGCAACCACGACUGUAACGCCUUUGUUGUCCCCAACAAUAUCGAGCCCGGUACAAAUCGCGCAGUCUGUCCGAAGUGCAGCACAGAAACCUGUUCUCUCUGCAAGGCAACUUUCCAUGGAGCAACUGACUGCCCCGACGAUCCGGCCCUUCACCAAACUCGGGAGUUGGCACGCGAGAUGGGGUGGCAGACCUGUUACAAUUGUGCCCGAGUGGUACAGCUGCGAAGCGGCUGUAAUCAUAUGACGUAA